AUGCCGGAUUGGGACGUGUCGCUGGUGACGGACAUGGAGGGCCUGUUUCGCGAUUGCCCUACGGGCGAAGACUGGUGCGGCAACGUCGUGGUCAGCACCUCCGCAUUCAACCAGCCGAUCGGCUCGUGGAAUACCGCGCGGGUCACGAGCAUGAGGACCAUGUUCAUGGACGCAGCCGCGUUCAAUCAACCCAUCGGCUCGUGGAAUACCUCACAGGUCACUAACACCGCCCACAUGUUCCGAAACGCCGCCGCGUUCAAUCAACCCAUCGGCUCGUGGGAUACCUCGCAGGUCACGGACAUGUAUCGCAUGUUCGAAGGCGCCGCCGCGUUCAAUCAACCCAUCGGCUCGUGGGAUACCUCCAAGGUCACGAUCAUGGGGUACAUGUUCUAUGGCGCCGCCGCGUUUUAUCAGGACAUCACUGGCUGGAGCGACGCGGCCGGUUUCGCCGCGAUGUUCACCGGCGCCACCGCGUGGCUCGAUCGGGUUGAGCGCGUCGACGGCUCCGCAUCCAUCGACGGCCCGAUCAGCGAGUGGGUCCACAAGCCGUGCCUGGCGGACGAGCGAGUGCAGUCCGGGUGGUGCGUGCCGUGCGGCGGCAUGUUCUCCAAUGCCGCCGGCGACGACCCGGCUGCCGGCGUCGACACCGUCUGCGACGGCGACAACCAGGGCCUCAAAGACGCGGUGGACGCGUGCCUGCUCUACGGACCCGACCCGAACGGCGAGGCGUGCUGCUCGACGGACCCGAACUGCACCGAUCCGAGCUUGGCGCGGUGCGGGAGCGCGGGGUGCGUGGACAUGCCGGAUUGGGACGUGUCGCGGGUUACAGACAUGAACAGCCUGUUUAACGGGAAAGCCUCAUUCAACCAACCCAUCGGCACGUGGGAUACAUCGCAGGUCGAGCACAUGGGGGACAUGUUCCGAGGCGCCGCCAAGUUCAAUCAAGCCAUCGGCUCGUGGGAUACCUCGCAGGUCACGCACAUGGUGAACAUGUUCCGAGACGCCGCCGCUUUCAAUCAAGCCAUCGGCUCGUGGGAUACCUCAAAGGUCACGAGCAUCGGGUCCAUGUUCUAUGGCGCCGCCGCGUUCAAUCAGCCGAUCGGCUCGUGGAAUACCUCGCAGGUCACGCACAUGUGGUACAUGUUCCGUGGCGCCGCCGCUUUCAAUGAAGCCAUCGGCUCGUGGGAUACCUCCAAGGUCACGAGAAUGGAGUACAUGUUCUAUGGCGCUGCCGCGUUCAACCAGCCGAUCGGCUCGUGGGAUACCUCGCAGGUCACGCACAUGGCUCGCAUGUUCGAAGGCGCCGCCGCGUUCAAUCAAGCCAUCGGCUCGUGGGAUACCUCCAAGGUCACGAACAUGGGUGCCAUGUUCCAAGGCGCCGCCGCGUUCAAUCAAGCCAUCGGCUCGUGGGAUACCUCCAAGGUCACGAACAUGAGGUACAUGUUCUAUGGCGCCGCCGCGUUCAACCAGCCGAUCGGCUCGUGGGAUACCUCGCAGGUCACGCACAUGGCUCGCAUGUUCGAAGGCGCCGCCGCGUUCAAUCAAGCCAUCGGCUCGUGGGAUACCUCCAAGGUCACGAGCAUGGAGUCCAUGUUCGAUGGCGCCGCCGCGUUCUAUCAGGACAUCUCCGGCUGGAGCGAAGCGUUGCUGGAAACCUCCACCGCGAUGUUCACCGGCGCCAGCGCGUGGCUCGAUCGGGUCAAGCACGUCGACGGGUUGAACAACCUUGGCGGUCCGAUCAGCAAGUGGGUCCACAAGCCGUGCCUGGCGGACGAGCGGGUGCAGUCCGGGUGGUGCGUGCCGUGCGAACAGGACCACCUCAACGCCGCCGGCGACGACCCGGCUGCCGGCGUCGACACCGAGUGCAACAAGACGUCGUGUUGCCAGGCGAAGAUGAUCAGGUUCGGGUUCAUUCCCAAGAGGGAGUGA